AUGUCGGCACAAAAGAGAGUUAGGGCGGAGGUUGCUCCUACCGACACUGCUGACUGUGAGUUGUAUGUUGCGGGUCCUCCCGAGCAUUUGGUGGCAUACGGGAAAAUGUAUGCAUUGGGGUCAACCAUCCACCACCAGAGUAUUGGAGAUGAUAUGAUAAGAGUGGUGGUUGUAGAUGUCCGGGAUGCUGCUGCCCCAAUCCCUAUUCCCACUGAAGAGGUUCAAACAGUGGGACAGGCACCUGAAAAUUUUAUCUUAUGGCCAAAAGAGGCUGAAAAAGCAAAGGAAGUUGUGCAUGAAUCACCACCACCACCAUCUGCUUUACAGCGAGUCGGUGCACUGGCAGCGACUAUCGGGACCACUUCCAUACAGUUAGAUAUGCCACCCGAAGUCGUAUGCAGGACCAAGACGAUCCCUUUUUUCUUACUCCAAAGGGAUAUUUUUGAUAUUCUCACUGGUACUGAUAUGCUAUGUGUAUCAGUGUUGCAGCUUUGGGAAAUGUAUUUACAUCGUUUGUGUGUUGAGAGGAAGAUCCGCUUUCUCUAUGGAUUUGUUGACCCUGUUACCAUUCAGCCCGUUGGGAAUAAAGCUGAAGAGGUGCAAACGUACUUAAUAGAGGCAUUUCAAACUGGGGGCAAAGAAGUCUACUUAGCACCUUACUUGCAUCAAGCUUUGAAAGCUCACCUAAGGUUGCAAGGCCUUCCAUCUCAUGCUAGAAAGAAGUUGACGUAUAUUGCACCAAAGGAAUUUACAGACUCAUCUCCAAUGAAGAUUGAAGUGUUAGACGAUAUUAGAGAGCAGAAUUACAUUGAAACAACCAUUGAUAUGGAAUUUACAUAUGGUCUUGGGGAAAUUAAUCCUCAUUGCUUCCCCAUCGUCCAUGCCAUCACCCUCAACCAAGACAAUCUUAAUAGACUCGUUGCCGAUAAGGUCAUCAAGUCCGUCAAGAACGACAUGGUCCCCGACCUUGGCACUGACUCCACCAUCGUCUUUAUCAUCGUUAAGCUCAGUACGCUUCUCACUUCCGACAAACUCACCAAUCACGAAGAUUUGUUACCCCUACACCACCAUCUUCAUUCUCCAUCCUCUUUACCGAUUUACUACCCCUUCCACCACUACCGGCACCUAUCAUACUUUCCCUAA